UUUGAACCUUGGUGGUAGAUGAUCUAACUUAUACGAAGUAAACAUGUAAACCGAUAGACCAUUGCAUGCAUGAUUAAUACGGCGAAAUAAAGAAUGUCUAAUCUUGCCAGAAAGUAAGCAACAGUUACUUUUAGUAUUAUUGAGCGUUAUCAUAGUUGUAUUAAGGUUGAUAUUUUUUUGUCAUGGUUUAUGUGAUUUCUAAGAAAUUUGCCUGCAUACCAAGUGCAUACUAUUCUUUCGCCAACUGCGGGUUGAACUUUUGUAUUAUUUGCAUUAUUUUAUGUCAAUGAGUGUGUGAUUAGUAUCUUCAUGCUAUAUCUUUUGCAAGUGUGUAUUAUGAAGACCACUCACACAAGUGGGCACUGUACGGAAAUUUGAUCUUCGACCUGUUAAUUAAUGGAUAUGUCUUCUGUAACUGUACUUAUGUUUUCAAUUUGCAGGUACUUGGCAUCUGGGUGUUCAUACAUGGAUUUACAUUACACAUAUCGAGUGGGAGUCUCAACAAUCAACUCAAUAAUAAUAGAAGUAACAAAUGUUAUAUGGAAUAAGUUGCAUCAGGAGUUUAUGAAAUUGCCCGACACAAAAUAUGAGUGGGAACAAAUUGCUGACGCAUUUUAUAAUAAAGCUAAUUUUCCUCACUGCAUUGGUGCAGUUGAUGGAAAGCACAUAAGAAUGAAGAAACCAAGUCACAGCGGUUCUAUGUACAUGAAUUACAAGAAUUUUUUUUCCAUUGUAUUGCUAGCGGUAGUGGAUUCGAAUUAUAGAUUCAUCUAUAUCAGCGUAGGCUCUUAUGGCAAAGAAUGUGACUCCUCUAUAUUCAAAGAAUGUACUUUCUGGAUAAGAUUAAAUGAUGGCAGUUUAGAUUUACCAGCUUCUGGUCCUUUACCAGGUUUGGAAUCACGUGUUCCAUUUGUGAUAGUGGGUGAUGAAGCAUUUGGUUUGCAUUAUAAUCUGUUAAGACCCUAUGGAGGAACUCAUUUAGAUAAAAAUAAAAGGAUAUUUAACUAUCGAUUAACAAGAGCCAGACGUUAUGUGGAGUGCGCGUUUGGAAUAUUGGCAAAUAAAUGGCGAAUAUUUCAUCGUCCAUUGGACGUAAGCACCAGUACAGCUAUCUCGAUAGUUAAAACUUGCGCUGUGCUUCAUAACUAUAUCAUGCACAAUGAAAGUUCAUAUGCGAACAUUGACAGCAACAGUUCAACGAUAUCUUUGGAAAACGUACGUAAUGAGCCAAAUACACGAGGCGGACGCUGUGCUAACACAAUACGAACAGAGUUUACAAAUUAUUUUGUUUCUGAAGUGGGAGCUGUACCUUGGCAAGAAGAAGCAAUACAAGGAUAAACGAAAUAAAUAUAAAAACUUACCAUAGAUUUGUCUUUCUUUUUCCUCAAGUUCUUGAAAGUCUUCUCUCAAAACAAUGCAAACUUCGCGCCAUGCUGCAGUUCGCAAGUUGGUAUCUUUAUAAUUUUCCAGCGUCUUAUCCCAUAAUAUAGGCCUAAUUUCUAUUAGUGUAAUAAGAAGUUCGGGAUCAAUAUUUGUUUGCGACAUUUUUCGACGAAACACAACCUUCUCGGCGCCGCGCAAAAGAGCAAUGCGCGAGCGCAACACACGCGAGGGUGACGCGGCGGGCGCGGGGCGGGGGCUGCCACCACUCCACUAUCCCGCAAAAAACAGUGUCCAGCCGAAAAACCGCACGCAGGAAGCCGUGUGAACACCGCUAUUAAAAUAUAUGUGUGAUUAAACGGGAUCCCGCUUUUUACUGGACUUCGGAUCCAGUUUCUAGUGACAAAACCGAACGGCACAAUUCGACCGGAUCGGUUUUUUGCAGGAUCCCGCAUGCGGGAUGCUCGUGUGAACGCUAGCAUAUAAACAUAUUCGCCAUCAAACGGGAUCCUGCAGAAAACGGGAUCCUGUUAAAAACUGGACUGCCGUGUGAAAGGGGUGUGACUGCGGCUGUAAUUUCUGCAUUUAGCUUGGGAGCUUCUAGUAGUAGUAGCUUACAAUUAUUUGGGAUGAGGUAAUCUUUUAACCCUUAAAUGCAUAUUUUUUUAUUUUGUAAAGAAAAAAAUAUUUUUGUGUACAUAUUUGUCGAUUAAUGAUAGGAAAAAUAAUUAAAAAAAUCCCAAUUAAAAAAAUUAUGACUUUAUUCAAAAAAAACAAAAAUGUUGCCUUUUGGCUACAUCAUGCGUUAAACACAUGAACUACCUUAUCAGCACAUAUUAGUAUAGUAUAGCUUAUCAGGAGUGGAAUGCAGCAAAACAGUUUCUGUCUUUAGUAUGGCAGAGUGCAACAUGACAUUUCGUGCACUCUGUACGCGAAAAUCCAUUACAACCAGGGAGUCUGCACCUAUUUUUCUUCAGACAUCUUCCCUCGUUGUGGGCGACACCAUCUGUGCGUACAUCUUUCACAGGCACAGGGUUCAGUGGUUUACGACGAGGUUUUUUGGCUUCCAGUUCUCUUUCAAUAUUGCUCGAUGAUGGUCUUCCUCUCUUUUCCACACUCUUUUUAUAGUUGCACAAAGCCUCUGCUAACUCAGAUCUAAAGUCGCCUAAAGUCAUUUUCUUUGUUUGAUUUGUAUUAUUAGAUUUUUUAUAUAAGACCCAGGAGUUGAUCACCGCCAUAUCAACCAAAUGAUAGAAAAUG